AUGAAAAAAAGGCAAAAAAUCAAUUCGUUAAAUACUUCAUUGGGUUCAAAAAGUACAAAUUUAAGUGAUCAUGAGAAAAAGUAUAUUUAUCCGUGUAUACCAAAUUCACCAAUUAUUUUUAAUAAAAAUCAAAUAAUUUAUGGAUACGGUAAUACAUUACUGGUUUUUUGUAAAAAAGAGAAUAAAUUUAUAAAGAAAAUUGAAGAACAUAAAAAUGCUAUUAGAUCAUUAGAUAUAAGUGAAAAUAAGAAAUAUUUCUUAACAACAGGAGAUGACAAAAUUAUAAUAAUUUAUGAUGAAAACUGGUCUAUAAUUCAGAAAAUAAUACAUAAAAAAAAAAUAGUUAAAGCUUAUUUCCUAAAAUAUAUAGAAAAAGAAACAAAUAAAUUUGAAAUAUUAUUAAUUGAUAAAUAUGGCGAUAUAUAUAUAUAUGAUUUAAACAAUUUACGGAACAAAAGUAAUUUAAUAAAUGAAAAAAAUAAAAACGAAAUUAUAGAUAAUGAUUUUAUAAUGAAAAAAGAUGAAGACAUUGUAAAAUUGACUUAUUUAUAUGAUUCAUUAAGUGAAGUUAAUGAAAAAGAUGAAGAUUUAUUUUUUAUGAAGGAUUUUGAGCACAUAUAUAAUGAAAAUUUAGAAAACUGUAUGUUAGAUAAUAAUGGUGAUAUAAAAAGUGACAUAGAGACUACUAACACUGAAAAUAACGAUGUAUUAAAUUUAAAAAAUGUAAAAAAAAUGAAUGAUAUAAAAGAAAAACUAGAAAAACACUAUUUUGAAUGUUUUCAAAAUAAAAAUCUUCUUUAUCCAACAUUAACAUGUAAUUCGACUGUGAUAUCGUUGUAUUAUGAUGAAAAGUUCUUGAUUAUAGGAGAUAGAGAUGAAAAAAUUAGAAUAAUAAAAAAUAAAAGACUUAAUAAAAUAUAUAACUUUUAUUUAAAUCAUAAACUAUUUAUUACAUCUGUUCUUUUAAUAAACGAAAAGACAUUUUGUUCAUCUGCAGCUGAUGGUUAUAUAUAUUUAUGGAAUAUUAAGACAAAAGAAGUUAUUGAUUAUAUAUAUCUUGAUUUUAAUUUUUUGUCUAAAUUUAUUGAUAUAAAAUCACUUUUUAACAACUCGAUUAAUUUAGAUAAAUAUAAAUUUAUUGUAAAUAUUUUAAAUUUUAAUGAAAACACAUAUUCUAUAUUUGCAACAAUCGAAAAUUUAAAGGGAAUUAUGAUUAUACCAUUAAUUAAAAAUGAAAACUCUGCUUUUAUAAAUUUUAAUAAAGAAAAAAUUUUUUUUUUUACAUUAGAUUACAAUAUCUUAUCAUUUAUGCUUUUAAACAUUAACAGUCAAAAUUUUAUUGUUUUUGUUGAUAGAAAUAAAGGGUAUUUACAUCAGAUCAAAUUAGGUGAUGAUAAUAAUUUAAAUGAAGAAGUUGCAACUUUUGAUCAUUCUUUUUUUGAAGACAAAAAUGAAUUAGAUAUUGGUUUAAUAAACUAUUGGAAGCAUACUACUAUAGAAGAUAUUGAAAAUUAA